AUGGCAGGGCUGCGAGGUGGGAAUCCCCCGAGGCAAGACCCCAAAGGACACGUCUCUCACUCCUCUCUCAGCAGUGCCAGCUUCUCCAUGCUUAGUGAUCAGGUCAGCCCUCUGAUCCAGCGACCGAAAACUGGUCCCAGGAAAGAAAUGCUGGUGGGGAAACACAGGAGAAGAGAUGGAAACCUGCAGCAAGGGAGCAUUCCAGACUCUGGUCACAAGUAUUACCUGCAGUUCACUACCGAAGACUACAAAAGCGGGGAAAAUGCCGGGAGCUGCCUUGCUACAGUGUUGUAUCCGAAGACAAAGUCUCCGCCUGUUGUCAGCAUCAAGUGCACGCAUACCAAAGACCAGAAGCAAAUCCAAGAAGAGGACAACAGACUUUACCAAAAAAUUAGGCACCAAACCAAACCAAUAAUUGGAAACAAUAUCCCAGACAGCUAUGGCAACAUUGAACCCGCCCUGGAGCCAGCGUGGGCCUUGGCUGUUGCUGGCAGCAGUUACAUAAUGUGGGAAAAGUCAACGGAGAACUUGGGUUACUUCAUGGCACAAGUCACAUCUGUGAAGCAGUGGAUAAGGAAAGAUGAUUUUAUUGAGUUUGACUACACUGUCCUACUCCAUGAAAUUCCAACACAGGAAAUUAUUUCAUGUCACAUGCGCCUCACUUGGCUUCCUGGUCACCCUCUGAAAGUGAAAUACUUCUGUGCUUCAGAGAAUCAGGGGCUCGAAGAUGGAUCUGGAAUGGAAUCUGGAUCAGCUGCUGGGAUUUUACACGAAAGGGGAGCAAAUUUUUAA